CGCGCAGAGAAGUCAACAUAACCACAAAUUAAUAUUAUUUUCAAGAUUUAACUGUUUUUUUGCAGUUUGCUAAGUAAAAUACAGAACAAAAGUGAGUUCAGCCACACACGACCCUUACUACCGGUCUAAAAGACAAUUUCGUGUUUAAAAACUUUAAUAAUAAAAAAAAAUUACAUAAUGGCGAAAUGGUCAAUUUAAGGCCCCAUUGGUAGGGUCAUGGACACCGAGGAUGAGUCUACGGCAUAUUUAAAGUUGUUCAAUGACGGCCCCCACAAUUACCUUUUGCACAGUAGCGAGGAUGGUCUUAACGAUGCUUUCCCCGUGGAGCCGAUUUUCACGGAGAUUGCCUCAGAUUGGCCGUCUGAGGGUUUCCCAAUUCUGCUCAGUGGCCCCCUCAUUGCUGACGAGAACAACGAUAGUGAGUCAACUAGCACCAACGUACAAUUAUUGACCGAAGACAAUGAAAAUAUCCCUCAAAAUGAGUCAAAACAAGACAACACUGUCACAUUUUACUCAAAUGGGGACCAGAACCGCUUAAUUCUCUCAAACGACGUCCUUUUGCGAGUGGAAGAGAACGAAGUGGAAAAGACAGUCACUCAUGUGAUCAAUGGGGACGCAUAUUCCAUAACUUACACGCAAGACAGUCAAGAGGAAGGGGCCGAAAACGAGGAAAAUGUUGAAGUGAUUCAAUUAUUGAACAUCGACGGGACUGUAACCACGAUCAAUAAAAAUUUAUUCAAUGUUGGGAAGGAGAAAAGUGUCAAUUUUGAAAAUUUUUAUACCCAAGUCCAGGCCAAUAAAUGCAAACUUUGCUCAUUUCUGUGUGAAAACGUGGAUGAUAUCACCGCUCAUAUUAAUUUAAAGCAUGGGAAAGACCUGCAAGGGCCGCCAACGAACGAGGCUUUGCCCCCCAAUGGCACCAAAAUGACCUCGAUUUUAAACGUGAAUAAAGAUAGGAAGAAGUACACUUUGUACAUCUGCAGCGAUUGUGGUAGUGGAUUCUCGAAUAAAGAAGAUUUGAAACAACAUAUGAUAACACAACACAAAAUGGUUCCGACCCCCGUCACCCCCGAUAAAGUCCCCCCAGACAAACCGGAAAGUGGAACUGAGCAAAAACGCUCAUCUCGGGCCAUUUCCGCUAGUCUUUUGAAAAAACAGAAAGCGUUACGUAAGGUCAAGUGUUCGAUAAAAGGGUGCCCCCUGCGUUUCGACAAGGAGGAGUCCCGGAAACGGCACGAGGACUGUCACGUCGAUCAAAACAAAAAACAGUUUAUGUGCCCCGUGUGCAAAAGCAAAUUUUCGAUUUGGCGGAUUUGUAGUAUGCACAUGUGGAAGUGCCAUUCGAUCGAUUUGGGGCUCUUGACGUGUCCGAUGUGCAACGAAUUCAAGUCCUACAGUUCUGUGCGAGUUAUGAAUCAUAUGGCCAUUCAUAAUGAGGAAAAGCCGUUUGUUUGUGCGUCCUGUGGUAAGGCUUUUAAACAGUUGAAUCAGUUGCGAAAUCACGAAAUUGUGCACAAGGCCCCCGACGAAGUCCCUGAUUCGUUUACGACAAAACAGUGCGAGUUUUGCGACCGAUUUUUCGCCAAUUCGAAAUGUCUCAAAAAGCACAUCAAAUUCGUCCAUGACAAGUUCAAGCCUUUCAUUUGUAAUAUUUGUGGGCACCAAACUGCCCGCAAAGAAAUGUUGCAGUUGCACCAUCGCCAACACACGGGGGAUAAACCGUUUCAUUGUUCCUAUUGCGAGUAUAAAACCGGCGAUCGGAAUUGUUUGCGGAAACACACGAUGCGUCACUUCGGGGCGGCGAAGUACUCGUGUCCGUAUUGUGACUACCAGUCGAUUCAAACGUCGGCUUAUAAAGUCCAUUUGGCCAAUAAACAUCCCGGGAAAGAGGGGACUUAUGCGUGUACUUUGUGUAAGUACACGACUAUCAAUUGUCGGUCGUAUUUAGCACACGUCAAGUGUCACGAAUUGGAGAAGAAGAAGAAACAAAAAGUCGAAAAACGGCCAGUUGAAGAUAACGAGUCCAAAUCGAGUGACGAAACGCAGAAUUUCCUCAAUACGGAACAUUCGGAGGAGGCUGUGGAUACCGGGGGAAUCACCAUACCUGCCACCUUCGAUUUGCAACUAAACGAUCAAACGAGUCUGAUUUAAUGUUAUUUAUUAAUUAACUUUUAUAAAAAAUAGUUAUAAAUAGACGCAAUAAAUUAAUUACUGACGA